UGGUAUGUGUGUGAUCUCUAUUGGCAGAGGGUCUCAUAGUAAUUUCUAAAUAAUUCUCCCUAGCUGUCCUGGACAUAGUCAUGCCGCUACAAAAAGAUCCUCAACAAUCCACUAGCCCGCAACGAGACUCAUCGCAUAGAUCUUCCCACGACAGAGGCUCGGGGGGCCAUAGAAGCUCAGGUCAUCCUCAUACUGCAAGUCGUAACUCUAGUAGUCAUCGGAGUUCUUCCUACCACCCCUCCAAACCAAAAGGGGAUAAUUGUUGGGUCUGUGGUAAAAGGGCCCUGCCAGGGAAGUUGGCCUGUGGCCAGUGUCGUUUGGAAGCUACAGUAGAAAGGCAAGACUCCCCAAACUCUAUUAAGGAUUUGAUCAAGGAAUCAAUUAGGGAGUUGUCCUCAACUCAAGCUAUUCCCUCCCCGCCUUCCACUGACCAGGAGGUCGCCGGACCAUCCACCCCAUACCAUGGGGAAAGUAUUUCGGAGGAUGAACCUGUCCCAAAUGAGGAGGAUAUCUCAACAUUUGACUUUAGCCUAGUGGAGCCUUUUGUAGUGGCAGUCAAAGACGCCAACCAGUGGGAAGAGGAUUGCCCUGAACCCCCGUCCCAAAACAAAGAAGUAUUUUCCUCAUUUGACAAAAAGAGUUUCUAGUUUUCCACUUAUGGGAGAGAUUAAAGGGUUCAUCCUAGGGGAAUGGCAAAAGGUUAAGAGGCCGGUCGCCUUUAACCGUCUCCAAAAAUGAUAUCCUCUGGCCGAGUCAGAUGCUAAGCUCUUCGACUCUGUUCCAGCUGUAGAUGCUUCAGUCAUGAGGCUGGCAAAAAACACGACCCUGCCUCUAGAGGACUCAGUGUCUUUUAAGGAUGCCUUGGAUCGGAGGAUCGACACAGACCUUAAAAAAGUGUACCAGGCAACAGGAGGGGCCUGCAAACCAGCAGUAGCCCUAUCUUCCAUUUCCAGGGCCACCAGAGUUUGGUCUGACAACAUCUUAGAGCAGGCAUAGACACCGAAGAGGUUAUCAAGGCUUUGGAUGAGCUAAAACUGGCCUCAGAUUUUAUGGCAGAAUCAGCUGUAGAUGUCCUAAGAUGUGCUUCCAGGGCCAUGCUGUAUUCUAUCACGGCCAGAAGGGCCCUGUGGCUGAAACCGUGGGCAGCGGAUCCAUCUUCAAAACAAUCAUGGUGUCGCAUUCCAUACGACGGAAAAGCGCUGUUUGGGGAAAGAAUGGAUUCGGCGAUUUCCAGGGUCACCGGGGGAAAAAGUGGUUUAAUUCCCCAAGAUAGAAGUAGAAGGAAAAGAUUCGCUCCCAGACCAGGAGCCCAACAGAGGGGAAGGGACUCAAGAUUCUACCGUCCAGGGAGAGAAUACAGAAGAGGCUGGAAAGGGUCUCAGGCCUCCUUCCUUAAACUAGGGAAGCAGAAGCCCACAACUAACAUUGGGGAUACCCAGAAGUCUUUUUGACUCCCCUACCACCCAGACCGGCCUAGUGGGAGCAAGACUCAAAUCCUAUGCGCAGGUUUGGGUGGAGGGGUGCACCGAUCAAUGGGCAGUGUCUACCAUCCUCCGAGGCCAUUUUUGGAGAUUCAAGACCCGACCCCCACCAUUUUCUUUUCAGGAUACCAAAAUCCCGGCUUCCAAGGAAAAAAGGGAGGUUUUGUUUCAGUAUAUGAAAAUCCUCCUCCAGCAGGGGGCAGUUUUGCCCGUGCCAGCAUCAGAGGCAAGGUCGGGGUUCUAUUCUCCCAUCUUUUUAGUUCCCAAGAAGACGGGAGGAUGGAGACCUGUAUUGGAUCUAAAAAAGUUAAACAAACAUAUCAGGCUAGAACACUUCAAGUAAUCUUAUCAGUCCAACCAGGGGACUGGAUGGUCUCUAUAGACCUCCAAGAUGCGUAUCUGCAUAUUCCAAUACACAGCCAAUUUCAGCAUUUCCUGCGGUUCAAAGUAGGCGAUUUGUACCUGCAGUUCCAAUGCCUCCCGUUUGGAAUUUCGUCCGCACCCAGAACUUUCACGAAGGUGUUAGGAGCCGUUCUAGCCCCCCUCCGGGAAAGGGGAAUUUGAGUAUUAUACUAUCUGGACGAUAUCCUGAUUUUGUCUCAGCACGGAGACACCUUGAGGGAGCACAUUCAAGUAGUACUGGAUACCCUGUCCAGGUUUGGCUGGCUGAUCAACAUGGCAAAAAGCCAACUAACACCAUCACAAAAGAUGACUUAUUUGGGGGCCCUAUUCAAUACCCCAGAGAGAGUGGUCUCUCUGCCGCCCGAGAAGAUCCUAGUCUUGAUCCAAAAGGUAAAACGGGCAAUGGGAUCCCGCAGCAUGUCGGCCACAGACUGUCUGAGUCUCAUAGGCUCUCUGGCUUCAUGCAUCCCAAUGAUAAAAUGGGCCAGAUGGCACCUGCGAGAAUUCCAAUUAGGUUUCCUGGCACAAUGGGAGAAGAAACAUCUCAAACAGAGAAUAGUCAUUACCUCUUCAAUGAAGUCCAGCCUUUGGUGGUGGACAAGGCCUUCCAACCUACUAGUCCCUCGGCCCCUCGGGCCAGUUACUUGGACUGUCCUUGCCUCAGACGCCAGUCAGAUCGGUUGGGGAGCCCAUAUCCAAGACAAGCUGGUUCAAGGGAAGUGGCCAUUCAAUGCUGAGGGAGUGAUAUCCAACAUCCUAGUACUAAGGGCGGCAUGGAUGGCUCUUCGGCAUCUAGCCCCUCUCCUCAAAGACAAGCCUGUCCUUCUCCAGAUGGACAAUCGGGCAGCAGUAGCCUACGUUCAGAACCAGGGAGGUACACACAGCAGGUCCCUAUUCAGCGAAGUGACUCCGAUAAUCUCUUGGGCGGAAAAUAAUCUGGGGGACCUUCGGGCAUCCUAUAUUCCGGGGCCCGAGAACCAUCUAGCCGAUCACCUUUCAAGGUCAUUCUGCAGCAACAACGAAUGGUCCCUACAUCAGAGGGCCUUCAACGGAAUCUGCCAACAGUGGGGGACUCCCCAAAUAGUUCUUUUUGCUUCUCCCCUCAACGCGAAAACUCCUAUUUUUCUCGAGGACACCUUGUCCGACUUCAGCAGGUACGGACGCCCUGAUACAACCUUGGACAUUCCAGUUGGGGUAUGCCUUUCCCCCAACUCCAUUAAUCUUGAGAUUUCUACAACGCCUGACAAAGGAAGAUGUUUCCAUCCUGGCGAUCAUUCCAUAUUGGCCAAGGAGGCCGUGGUUCCCACUCCUUGGUCAGUCUAUCGUUAUGCAGUCCGCUUCCUCUACCAUGCAGGAGCAACCUGCUGUCUCAGGGCAACUUCCUUAACCCCCAUCCAGAGAUCCUGAGCUUGAGGGCCUGGAAAUUGAAAGGAGGAGGCUGGGGAACUUAGGGUGUUCACACGAGGUUGUUCAAACCCUAUUACAUGCAAGGAAAUCUUCCACAAAUGCCACUUAUUACAGAAUAUGGAAGAAGUUUGUGGCCUUGGCGGAAUCCAGCCAAUUCAACCCGCUAUGUCCAGAAGUCCAUAAUGUUCUAUUAUUUCUACAGUCAGGAUUGGAUCUAGGCCUGGGCCUCAGCACCUUAAAAGUCCAAAUAUCUGCCAUCUCAGCUCUAACGGAUAUCAGGUGGGCCCAUAAUCCGUUGGUAGACCGAUUCCUGAAGGCGGUUCUUGGGCUACGCCCACCUAGAAAAUCCCUAUACCCCAAAUGGGAUCUAACAGUAGUGCUAGAUGCCCUGGCACGUUCACCUUUCGCUCCUACAGAGGAGUGCUCAUUGGAAGACAUUACUGGGAAGACGGCCUUUUUAAUUGCCAUCACAUCAGGGCGUAGGGUGUCGGAAAUCCAAGCCCUAGGAGCCCAGGAGCCUUAUGUCACCUUCUUUCCGGACAGGGUGGUCUUACAGCCCAUUCAUCAGUUCAUCCCCAAGGUACCUUCAAUGUUCCAUCUUAAUCAAGAAUGGGUUCUUCCAACGUUUAAUGAGGAGCAAGCCUCUUCAAGUUUACACGAGCUAGAUGUAGCCAGAUCCUUAAAAUACUAUCUUAAGUUAACCCAGGAGUUCCGGAAAGAUCAACGUCUCUGUCAUUCCCAGAGGAGCAAGGAAAGGGAAAGCAGCCUCCAAAACAACAGUGGCAAGCUGGAUUGUGAAGCUCAUUCAAAGAACCUACCGGGCCAGUGGUCUUCCUAUUCCCCAAGCGGUGAACGCUCAUUCAACAAGAGGAGUCGCCUCGUCCUGGGCAGCGUUGGCAUGGUCUCCCCGGAGACAAUUUGCAAGGCAGCACCUUUAUGGCACACUAUAGCCUAGAUCCAGCAGUUCUUACCUCCCGAGACUUUGGGAAGAGGAUGCUGGAAUGUUCCACUUUAUAGUUCAUUAAAAAGGCACCAGGAAAA